AUGGAAGAACUUGUGCGGAUGACCGCAGAUGCCACCAACUAUCUGCAGGAACUGAGUCGUAGGCCGCAGCCAGGUCCAGAAGACAUUAUCAACCGCAUGGACAUUCUCUUCACGAACAUCUACAACAUCAACUUCCGACGAUACGAAAUCCUGAGAGAAAUCAUGCGUGUGUUGUACCUGAGACCUGAGCAGAUCCAGUCCAGACUUGAUCUCCUGGCCAAAUAUGACAUCACGUCCCGCAAGUUGGAGACUACCAUCUAUGCAGCGAACUUGAUCGUGGCACAAAUGUCAAUUGUGCAUGAGUGCUACCGUGUGGUUCUCAAGGAACAGCUGCAAGCCAGAGGUGUUGUAGACCCCAUACUACUACCAUCACCAACCACAGUGACUAGAGCCGCACCGCAACUUCCGAAGCCACGGAAGAGGAAGACCAAACCCAAGAUACAGCCGGUACAGGCACCUCAAUUUCCACCGCCACAGCCGCCACCAAGCAUCCUGCAACACACGGUUCAGGAAUUGCUUCAGCGGCCACUUCCACAGCAUACUCCGACCUGCAAAGGGCGCUCGAAGCCAUCGUCCAUCAGGAAGGUUCAACAGUGUCAUCAGUUCCUUCUACGCCCCGACAGCGCCUGGCGCCCCCAGGAUGGGGCCUCACCGCCCAUUUCCCAAAGGCAACCUGAGCGGAGAGGAGAGUCCAGGAGAAGAACUCCAGAACGGCGUGUAGGCCGAUGGGCAGAGGAAACCACUCGUUGUCACUUCUGUAAGGAACGACACUCGCCCCCGAGAUGUGACGUCUAUCGGCGACUGAGUAGAAAGAUGGAGUUGAACGCGACACGAGGAGUGCCAGUCAAGGCGCAAGCACCCACAAUUUUGAGUGAGCGAUGUUCCGCUACACACUUUGAAAAAAAAGUCAUGAAUCGCAGAAUAGCGGAAAAUAGGUGCAACUGCGAGAAUUAA